AUGGAGGGGAAGAAACGAAAAGAAGAAGAAAAAGAUUUUUUCCCUAGUGAGAGGUCAGGUGACCGCGGCGGAAGGUUACCUUGGGCAACCAGACGAGAGCUCGGCGGCGAGCUUCACGGCUGGGACAGGACCGCCGCAUUCUGGAGCCUUCGAGAAGGGCCGUCGACUCGUGGACGGCCAUCGCAGAGGUUGGAUAUUAUAUAUAUAUAUAUAAAGGGCAAGGCAUGGUAUGUUGGUCUCCAGCAAGUGAAGGCGCACACCAUGUCUUGUCGUCUUGUUAUGCGAGGGAGCCGGCAGCUGCUUCAAGCUCCCAGAGCUGCAGCUCAUAUUAAUACGACCGCGCGAAGAGGCCUAUACGGCCUGCUACCCCGGCAACUGUCGAAGCAGUAUGUUCCUGCAUCCGGUUUUGUGCGUCACUAUGCGAAUGGCAGGCCUCAUCCUCCUGGCGGCACGCACCGAAUGAAUCUUGGUGGUGAGCCAGAGAAGCCAGCGUUGGAGCAGUUUGGAGUCGACCUUACGGCGAGAGCGAAGGACGGAAAACUCGAUCCGGUCAUCGGUAGAGACGCUGAGAUUCACCGAACGAUCCAGAUUUUGUCGAGAAGAACGAAGAACAACCCUGUUCUUAUCGGAGCGGCCGGCACAGGCAAAACUGCUGUCCUCGAAGGGUUAGCCCAGCGGAUAGUCAGAGGCGAUGUUCCUGAGAGUGUCAAGAACAAGCGAGUUGUCUCUCUUGACCUCGGACAGCUGAUUGCUGGUGCCAAGUUCAGAGGUGACUUUGAAGAGCGGCUGAAGCGCGUUCUGAAAGAGGUGGAAGACGCCCAGGGCGGUGUCAUUCUCUUCGUCGACGAGCUGCAUACUUUGCUCGGCCUCGGCAAGGCAGAAGGCAGUAUAGAUGCAAGCAACCUCAUCAAGCCUGCUCUAGCAAGAGGAGACCUUCAAUGUUGUGGUGCUACCACCCUCAAUGAGUACAGACAGAUCGAAAAGGAUGUUGCGCUGGCACGAAGAUUUCAACCCAUUCUAGUGGAGGAACCGACUGUUCCAGACACCAUUUCGAUCCUUCGAGGAAUCAAGGACAAAUACGAAGUCCAUCAUGGAGUCCGAAUCACUGAUGGUGCUCUAGUUGCUGCUGCCACCUACAGUAACAGAUACAUCACCGACCGUUUCCUUCCAGACAAAGCUAUCGAUCUAGUAGACGAAGCUGCUUCGGCGCUACGACUUCAGCAAGAGUCAAAACCGGACGCUAUCCAGGAACUUGAUAGGCAGAUCAUGACCAUCCAAAUCGAGCUAGAGUCUCUCCGGAAGGAAAAGGAUAUAGCUAGCGUGGAACGCCGGGAGAAGCUUGAAGAACUCCUCAAAACCAAACAAGAGGACGUUGGAAAACUCACCGAGGCAUGGGAUAAAGAGAAGGCGGAACUUGAAGCUAUCAAACAAGCUAAAGAGGAUCUGGAACGGGCCAGGGGUGAGCUAGAACAAGCCCAGCUGGAAGGGAACUUUGCAAAAGCUGGUGAGCUGAGAUAUUCGACGAUCCCGAAUCUGGAAAAGAAGCUGCCUCAAGAAGACGACACUGGUUCGACAGGCACGCAAGGACAAAGCCUGUUGCAUGACUCCGUUACCGCUGAUGACAUUGCCGGUGUGGUCUCUCGCACGACAGGUAUCCCGGUCAACAAACUGAUGUCCGGGGAGGUCGAGAAGUUAAUCCACAUGGAGGAUACUCUCCGCAAAUCCGUUCGUGGUCAAGACGAAGCCCUAGAAGCGGUAGCAAACGCCGUAAGGAUGCAGAGAGCCGGUCUCAGUGGUGAAAACCGGCCCUUAGCAUCCUUCAUGUUCCUUGGGCCCACCGGUGUUGGCAAAACUGAAUUAUGCAAAAAGAUGGCUGGUUUCCUUUUCUCAACUGAAACCGCCGUUAUCCGUUUCGACAUGAGUGAAUUCCAGGAGAAACAUACUGUCAGCCGGCUUAUCGGAUCUCCAGCUGGAUACGUGGGUUAUGAUGAUGCUGGCCAACUAACUGAAGCCGUUCGCAGAAAACCAUACGCUGUGCUCCUCUUCGAUGAGUUUGAAAAGGCUCAUCGUGACAUUUCUGCUCUUCUACUUCAGGUGCUGGACGAAGGCUUCCUCACUGACGCUCAGGGUCAUAAAAUCGACUUCCGCAAUACCCUCAUUGUCCUUACAUCCAAUUUAGGCGCUGAGGUGCUUGUUUCAGCAGAUGCUUCUGAAGGUGAGGAUAUUUCUCCCGAAAUGAAGUCAGCAGUAAUGGGAAUUGUCCAGUCAUCAUACCCACCUGAGUUCCUUAACAGAAUAGAUGAAUUCAUCUUAUUCAAGCGAUUGUCGCGAUCCGCUCUGCGGGAUAUCGUCGACAUUCGCGUCAAGGAACUCCAGGAUAGACUAGAUGAUCGGCGAAUAACUCUUAGUGUGAGCGACGAAAUCAAAGAUUGGCUCUGUGAAAAAGGCUAUGAUCCCAAGUACGGUGCCAGACCGUUGAACAGGCUCAUUUCCAAGGAAAUCGGCAAUCAUCUUGCGGAUAAAAUCACUCGGGGACAAGUUGUUUCUGGUCAAACAGCUACCGCUAUCUUCAAUGAAGACAAAACGGGAUUGGAUAUCGCAACUGAAAAGUCAGCCUGA